AUGCCUCCAAGAUUCCCAACCCCUGUCAUCAAGCAUUACUGGCCAUUUGCCGCUGGUGGUAUGUACUAUUUUUAUGUUUAAGGAAGAGAUUGAUUAAGAAUUUUCACUGGUGCCCGACGUAUUUCCAAAGUUCCCAUGAUAUAGGCCAACGUGGUUUCCAAUCUCUAACAUCAUGAGCUACGUAUUGGUAUAUUACGAUUUAUUUUGAUUGAAUUACACUUUUCAUUUUUGACGUAUAAAUGAAAUGUCUAGAACCAUUUGGGACGAAUUUCCCUACAAUUAUAAUUGAAGAAAAGUCACCAGAAGAAGAUAAUCCUAGAUAAUAGAGAGUCAAUGUAGAGAUUUUAUUUGAGGAAAUUGAUUGACUGAAGUGUUAUAUUAAAAUGUAGUAUUGUGGAAAUUCAAUCGGACAGUAUGGAAAACAUGGUAAAAUUUUAUAACAUUGGAAAAUGAUCUCCUCACACUUAAACAAUUAGCUAUAUUGAAGAAUAUAUUACUAACGUGAAAUAGCCGGUAUUACUUACUUUUUAAUCUACAAGGCUAGUGUUGCAUCAAUGAACUCUGAUGAAUUCAUUAACGAUCCAAGACACCCAAGAUUCGCUAGCGGUGGUAAAUUCAUUGAUUUAGAUAAAACCAAUUAA